GUAAAAACUCCUGCUUAUGAGCUAGAACACUUGAAAACUUACCUGGCCUUCAGAAACAGAGUCAGAUCUAUGAAGAGAGACAUGGAGUUUUGUUACUCACUGGUCUUUCCUGGGCCUCAUGCUUUUCUUUUAGUGCUUGGAGAUGUGCGUAACUCUGGUAAAGAGCAUUACAUUUUACGAGCUCUCAGUGAAGUGUUUGGCCAGGAGGCAUUAGACUACAGUAUGGUCUUAUUUAUGCAUGAAUACAGGUACAGUGAUAUAGACAGCAACCGAUGUGUGAGAAAGUGCAGGAAAAAGUUCCACAUUUUAAAGAACAAUGAGGAAAAUGUUCUAAAGCUAUUCCAUGACGCUACUAAGACAAUGAUAAAACAGAGAAAGGGGAGGUUUUUUACAAAGGAUUUUGACUUGCUAGUCAAAGCUGAAGCUUACUUUAAGAUAGAAUUUGAUGCUAAAUAUGAGGAGCGGGAGAGUAUACUGAGAGGAAAUCUGGCAGAAAUGAAAACAACUGAGGAAAGUCUGAGAACACAAGUUACAGAAAUGGAAAAACUGAAUUCUGAAAACAUGAGAGAACUACAAGAUCUGCGUAAAGAACUGGAUGCUCAGAAAGCCGGAGCGAAUCAGUUAAAAAAGGAAUUAGAUUAUUCCCAAAGCAGAGAGAAAUAUUUAAGUCAACAGAUGGAUGCUCUCAGAAAGACAAAAAAUGAACUGAAGGAGGAGCUGUAUGCCCUCAGGUAUUAUAAGAGGAAGUUAGAUGUAGAACUGACUGCUUUCAACGUGAGAGAGAGAGAGAGAGAUGAUCCUGCCCACAAAAAUACAGUUAGAGCCUAACAGAUUACAAGAGCAAAAAGAAGAAGGCCUACAGGCUCCUGCGCAAGAAGAGCAUGACAGACAAAAUACUUCAGAUAGAAGAGAAGUGGAGCUGGAUGAGAGAGAGAGAAAACUGCUGCAGGCCUCUGGAUCACAACAUGUUGAACACAUCUCUACAGAUGUUACUCCCUCUUGUGUCAUAGUAUCUGAAGACAAACCCAAAUCUGAAGAAGACACUGGAUCACUUGAGUCUGAAGGACUGAAACUUACGAGACAAGACAGCAAGAAAUUAGAUCCACCUAUUAUGUGCGAAAACAAAGUCAAACCUCAGAGAGAAAGAGAAUGUGAGAUGGAAAGUAGAAUAACAGAUUCACAAACCAGCAGAUUACUUCAAGGUGAAGGACUGAAACCUGUGAGACAGAACAGCCUUCAACAUCGACCCGACAUGUCUGAAGACACACUCAAACCUCAAGAAAACUCUGGAUACUUUGAGUGUGAAGGACUGGAACUUGUGAGACCAAAACAGCAAGGAAUUACUGUAGAUUCACUUAAUGUUUUCUUGAGUGAAAAGUGCCAAUAUCCCUCAGAACUGAGUUAACAUGUAAUGGGAAACGCUUCAUGUACUCCCACAUGAUAGCAGUGCAUGUGUUUCAUACUCUGUGAGACAUAUAUAUAUAUAUAUAUA